AUGGCAGAUCAGGUGAAUGAUAAGAACGAGGAAGAUAAUGCUGAGCUACGUGAUAGAAAAUCAGUUGACAAUUCGGAAUUGCAGCAAUUCACAUCCGGAUUUAAUAUUAUACAAGUUAACGAAGCAAUAAAUUCUCAAGGAAAUCGGAAUAAAUUCCAACAAGGGAAUAACUUUUACUCUCAACAACCGUUUAUUGUACCGGUUUGUAAGAUACCUGAUAAAACUGAAAUUCGACAGCAAAUUCCGUUUGAAUUCGAAAAUUAUGCAAAUCAAGUUUUGGGAGAGAAACUGAUACAAUCGUUUGUUGGAGCUAAUAAUACUGAAGAUAAAAUAGAUUUUGUGCUUCCUCAGGUAACUGGCAGUAAUUUGAAUGAUCAACAAACGAUGAGCAAUGAGAUCAUAAACAUUUCGGAUCCAGUCAAAAAUUUUCUGCCGGAGUUGAAAAACGAAAAACAUACAAAAUUUGGAAUUUUACAUGAUGACGAAAGCUCGGGAAGAAAUGGAACAGAAAUAAAUAAUGAAAUGAUGAAUAAGAAUUCGGAAAAUCGGAAUUUUGAACAUCAACAGCUCGAGAAAUGUGGAGCGACAUCUAACAUUUUUAAUACAGACAAUAUUGAGCAACAAAAUCCAACUGGUGAAUUAGUUCCGAAAACUAACAGAAAUGUGGUUCCUGAAAAUAAACAGGAUUUUACGACAAGAACAAUUUUCAUCGGACUUCAAUUCAUUGAUGGAAAAUUAUUUGAUGUGAUUGGUAGUUUAUAUAAUGAUACUAAUGAUCCUGAACAAGGACAUUAUAUCUCAAUGAUAGAAAACCAAAAACCGAUAGAAGCAGAAAUUCCAUGUGAAAUAUUACAUUUAGUGUCAGGAAAUAAUGAGAAAUCUCAACAGACUUCAAAUAAUGCAACAUUUUCCGAAACGGUUCAUUCAGAAGAACCUCUUGCAAGAGGAGGUCAUGCGGAAUUAGAGUAUUUUUCACCGGAAAUUAUAGCUGAGAUGGAAGAAAUUGAGAAAGAUAUGAUCCACUUAACAACGACUGACAAAGCUUAUCAUAUCAGGGAAGAAAUCCCCUUAAUGCAAGAUGAACUUGAAACAACUUCCACUAACGAAGAAUGUUUGAAAAACUUCGACUUUGCCGAGAAUAAAUUGGAAUUCGUUGUAGAACAAAAUGAAGUUAACUCUAUAAAAGAACUUACGGAAUCAUCGGUGUCAGAAUGUAAUCCAAAAAAUGCGAAUCAAAAGAUUUCGAAAGAAAUUGAGCCAGAAGCAAAAUUUGUAUCAUGUAAUGUUAACAAAAGUUCUGAGCAGUGUCUGAUGGAUGUGAAGUCAGUGCAAGAUGUUGAAAAACCUAAAAAUAUAAAUGAAAUUCAAAAUGAAAAACCGAUUGAAAACGAAAAAUCUCAUGAACAUGAAUAUUAUGAAGAACAACAGGAAAAAGCAACAGAUGCUGAGAUUGAAGGUAACACAAAAGCUCCGAAUAAAUCAUUGGAAAUGAUUUUGGAUGAGAGGAAGGAGGAAAUUUUUGACGUUAAUACUUCCAUUGAUGAAAAUAAGAUAGUGUCAGAAAAAGGGAAAAAGUCGGAUUUUGCAUCAAAUAUUUCGGAUCACAAAAAACAUGAAAUGGCUAAUCAACAAAGUGAUAAAAAUACUGCAGUAAAUAAAGCGACGACUGCAAUUAAAGCAAAAUCUCCUGGAUCUUCUGAAUCCCUAAAAAAGGAUGUGAAGAAAAACUCCCUAAGGACUAUUUCAAAUAUUAAGCAAUCGCCACAAAACGUAUCGAAAAAUAUUGGUAAAAAUAUUUCAAAUGUUAUGCUACCUAAAUCAAGCAUAAAAACAAUCAAGAAAACAUUGCCAACAACUACUACAGCAAAAAUGGUACCGCCAACAUUGAAAGAUUCUAAAAAAGGCAAUCAUAUGAUAAAUGAUAAGAAAUUGAUAACACAAUCAGCUGCUACUGCUACUUUACCUUUAAUUUCAACAAAAACUGCAACUUUAAUGGAAAGAAAUGUUAAAGAAGCUGGAUUGAAAUAUCGUAAAAAUAUUGCUAAUAGUAGCAAUGUUAAGGUAACAAAACGAAAUGUUACGCCAAUAGUAACAUCAAAAUUAACUCAAAGCGCAAAAUCACAAUCGAACAAAGAUGAUAAAAUAAAUGCGAAGAAUAGAUCAAAGGAUAUUAUCAAUGAAAAUCAGAAAAUAACAAAAGAAUUGGAAAAUGGCAAAAAAGAAUUGAUAGGAAAGAUAAAGAAAAUUGGAAUUAUCGAUUUUGAACCGUUAAUUUGGACGGAAAUUUUAGUGCCAACAUAUGAAGAAAUUUGGAGAAACUACGAAUCAACAGAUCAGAUGAUCGAUAAAACUGGUUUAGAAUCUGAAAAAGUGAUAGAAAAAAAAAUUGAGAAUUUAGAAACCAAUAAUUUGGAAUCAAUAUGGGAAAUGAGGAAGAAUUCAGAAUUUACAAAUGUUGAAGUUAUAAAAUCGAUUGAUUUAUUGAAUAGAGAUGAAAUUAGUGUUUCAGAAUGUUUUAUUUCAUCAAAUGACAAAAAGGAAGAAUUCAUUCCGGAUGAUCUUUCCGAUUCUUUAAGAACAAAAAAAGAAGGAGAAGGCAAUGAAAAAGUAGCUGUUGAAGAGGAAAUAUUAGUGGAAGAUGAUAAUGGAAAGCGUGAAAUUGAAAUUUGUGGUUCAAUCUCAAUUAAACCUUCUGAAACGACGGAAAUGUCACUAAAUGUGAGAUCACAAAUUUUCUUUCAGCAAAAAAUUUCCGAUACUAUAUUAGGAGAAAGUAUUGGAGGUGAUGGUAAUUCUCAUGAAAAUAGGAGAGACGAAAUAGUGGAAGGAUUUGAACCGAAUCUACCGGAAACACAACAUGAAGCGGAAACUAUUACUAAUAAUGAAACCGUUAAAAUGAUUAUUUCUGAUGAUUCAGACAAAAUCGACGGAAUAAAUGAUAUAAAUGGUAAUGAAAAAGAAAUGAUACUAUCGGAAGAGGAGGUAAAAGCAGAGCGAAGUGAUAGUGGUAAAGAAUUAGGAAAAACUGAAGAAAAAACGACAGUGUCAGAGAGAUUAGGCUCUAAAGAACAGAUGCAACCGAAGCUGGAAACAAAUGAUGAUCGUAAAAAUGGUGAAAAAUUUUGUAGUAAGCAAUAUCACCGGCGAAAUCAAUUUGGUGGGAUGUAUUCAGAUGCGCCAAAAGAACAUAGGCAUAAUGUUACCGGAAAGAAUAUUUCACAUAAGCAUCUGGAAAUCGAUGGGGAACAAAAUCAUCCACAACAACAAUACCAUGAAAUUUCUAAUAAUGACGAAUUACAAUGUAAUUCACAGCAACAAUCAAAUGGAAAUCAGAAUCAUUCACAGAAGCAACAGCAACAACAAUCGGAUGAUAUUAGUAGCAGAUACAAUCGGAACUAUUCCGGUCAACAAGGAUACAAGAAACGAAACAAACGAAGUAAGAAAUCACGUAACUGGUAA